UUUGCAAAAUUUGGAAUUUGCUAGCAACAUAGUAAUUUAGCCUUCUUUUUUCUUAUCGCCUUUUAUUUUGUUGCAAACUCCAAAAUACAUGUAUGGUAUUCUUAUUUCUCUACUUCAUAACUCAUCUUUAGAGACAUGAAAUAUUUAUUUUUCAUUGUAGGUAGUUAAGUGAACACAAGAGCCUAUCGAAUAAGAACAAAUGGUAGAGAUCAAGUCUCUUAAAGCACUGAUCUUUCAGAGUGAUGCUUAUCAAGCCACAGGCUGGUACAACCUCCUAUUCUCAGAGUUUUUAAGAAUGGGUCCUAGAUCAAACACUUUUAGUUACACAGAACUGAAGACCGCCACCGAAGACUUCAAUCCUACAAAUAAGCUGGGUCAGGGUGGAUUUGGCACCGUUUUUAAGGGCACAUUACUAGAUGGGCGGAUAGUGGUUGUGAUAACUGACUGGAUACCACCAAAUAAGGCCCCGUUUGGAUACCACCAAAUAAAUUGCUUUUUCUACUUACUGCAGUAGAUAACUGACUUUUUUGUUUAGUUAAACCAUUUUUUUAGAUAACUGACUUAAUUCAG